AGUAAAGUGGCCGCGGCGCGUGUCCAAUCAAUAGUGGGACAAUUUCGGAGACGGCGGGCAUGUGGUCAGGGUGCGAGUCUCCUGGAUUUCAACCAAAUCGUCAUCUUCAACACCAACACCACCGACGACACUUUGCUUGUUUAUUUCCGCUGGGGAAUUGUGCAGACAAGUACUCACGCUCUCGAAUCGAUCGAAUCGACGUCAAAUCCGAAACCAAACCGACAAUGUCUGUCUUUGGAUCGUUCCGCAGGUGGUUGAGCCUCAAGCAGUACCAGCUCGAGGUGACCUUCAGCGUCUACAUGUUCACGCCCUGGGAAAAGUUCUUCUUCAGCUCCCUCGUCUUCCUCCUCUUCAGCCUGACCUUCAUCGCCGCGUGCCUGUACCUGCCGCACCACAUUUCGUUCCUGGUCGACCGCGCGUGGUACUACAUCAACGGGGAGCACAUUGACGUCGCCGAGGCGGCCCGCGAGGUUGUCCGGGACAUGUCCGCCGGCGCGCUAUCUGGCACGGGCGUGAUGGCGGGAACUGCGACUGCGGCUGCGCAGGAGACUGUUGAGACGGUUCUCAAGGAGCUGUGAGGCGGGGAUUUGGUAUAUGUAAUAUGGAGAGAAACUCAGAAUCUUGCUGAAUCGCAGAAGGGGGAUGGAGGAGAGGAUGUGAACGAGCGUGGAAGGCAUGCCGGACUUGUUACUGACGGCGUUCAAGGCUUGGAAAUAUGGGUAGAUCGGCCACAUACGGCUUAAUGAUAAUACAUGUUAUAUGGUUUCCAUCGACUGCUCGCGAGAACCAACAAGGAGCCGACAAUUGCGUAGGUGCUGAUGGACUCUUGGAGGCCGCCCAGUGUCGCGUGCCUUGACCCCCUGGCGAUCUCCACCAGCCGAGGCCUUGUACUUUCCGGUGGUCUUAUGGUAUACUACGAGAGAUGUC